AUGAACGAAAAUAAGAACUCUGAGUCAAUUGUUGCUCAAGGCAGGAAUUAUUCUACCUUACCAAAGCAGUUCUCAUUGCCAAAGUUGCCUGACUUAUCUCCUAUGCCAAUUUUAUACGAGUUAAGCUUGCCAUCAACUUCAAGAAACCAAAAGCCAGCAGUGUUUAUUAAGAGAAAAUCUUCAAUGGUACAUUUGAAAAUGCCCUCCGUAGUGAAUAUUAAAAAAGAUGGUAAUUAAAGUUAAAUACUGUAGACUUCAUUCGAUGACACCAAAGACCACAUCAUCAAAAAGUAGAACAGAUUGACAAUGAACAAGAAGUAUAAUGAAAUUUGCCUUAACAUGUACAAUGUUGAGAACGGAGAUUUAAUUCAAGCCUUUGAUCAAAUCAGAUAGAGGAUAAAAGCUUCAAAUAAAUACUUGUAGAAGAGUGCAAGCCAAUUGCUUUAUUCAAUGUCUGGGAGACAACCUAUUGCCUAAACAAAUACUUCAACUGUCCUCUCAAAUGAAAAAAUGAUUUAGGAUCUUCACACGACUUAGUAUAAAUAAGAUUAAAAAUCUCUAGAUGACUAACUAGAUAAAUUAUUCAUUACUCAAAAUUAGACUCAAGAUCCAAACAUGACUGCUCAGUCUAUUUUCCCAAAUAACAUGACUUAAACCUAGACAACAAUUGAGAAAUGCAGAUAUUGCACUCAUUGUUUAAUUAAGGACGGCUAGAGUGAGAAAUUAACAAGCAUUCUCAAACGGUCACUAUCAAAUGAUACAGACUUUAUGUUUUUAGAGUCUGAAGAUUUAAUCUAAAGGAUUGAAAGCAGCUCAAGGUUGAUGUAGGCUUUCUUCGAGAAGAAGCCUUUGCCUAGAAAGGACUUAAUUUUCUUAGACAAUUUAAUAAUGGGCAUGAUUUCUGAUAAUGUGCAAGCUGAGAAGAUUAUAGAUUAGGAACUUGUCGAUAAGAUCAAAAGCAAUUGGCUUUAUAGAGGACUCUCUUGUACCAAGGAGACCGAGCACACAUUAAAUGAAUUGCAAAAUGAUGAGCUUGGGGCAGAGUGGAUUCAAGGUAAAAUUAUGAAUUGGAUGGAAGAUGACGAGAUAAACAGAAAGAUCAAUGAUUCCUACAAGAAAUACUACUUGAAAUAUCAUGGCCAUAAUCUUAAGAAGAAAUAGACUUAUCAUUACUUCGGGAACAAUAAUCCUGGAAAAUUCGGUACCAAAAGAAGAUCACAAAGUCUGAAUUAAUCUGGAGAUGUUGAGAGAAAAGACGUUAAUUAGUCAGUGUUGGAUGAAUACUUCAAGAAUAAAUUCAAAAGUCUAAAGGAAAAAGUCGAGGAUAAAAAGCAAAAGAAAGGAAUUGUUGAUGAUUUUGAUCGCAGAGCUGCAAUAGCUUUUAUAGGAUUCCUAAUGCUUAAACUCGUCAAACAAUUUUUACUGAUUAAUGAAGAGCAAUGGAUCAAAAGAAUUAAAAAGCUUAAGAAUUAGAUUUAAAGACUUCAUAAUGACAGAGAUUUCCUCUUAGCAAAGGCUACAAAGCCACUUUAGACUCUUGAUCUGAAAAAAGUUGUGACAAAUGACAAAGUAGAUGCAGAAAAUCUAGCUGAACACAAAAGAGUCAUAAAUCAAAUGGUUGGACUACUGCAUAAGGUAGAGGAUGAGAAGUAUUUCUAAGAUUUUAAGCUUAAAUAUGCUGAGCAAGAUAUCAAGGACUGGAUGUAUGAAUGGGAUAAGAUAAAAAUCUACGAAGAUUUGAAAUUGCAAGUACAAAACAUUGAUCCUCUACCCAUUCUACAAAAGCAUCAGAAUAAAAAUGCUAUUGAGCCAAUGUCAAAGCAUGCUAUGCUUUUGUUGGUAAAUGCUGAAAGAUUCAUCUAAGCAAUCGGCUAUAAAACUAGAUGGGAAGUGGAACUUGACAGAAUAUAAGAUCUACUAGUUAAAAUGAAGAAUGAGCAGUUUGUUCUUUAAAAAGAAACUUAAAGCUUUCGAGAUGCUUACAGACAUAUGGAAUUAGUCUCAACUACAAAAGAACAAGAGAUUAUGAACUUGAACUAUAUUAACAUCAAGCUUUAAAGAGAACUAGCUCUCAAGCAAACUGCAAAUAAAGAAGUAAUGACUGAAGUAGAUAUGAAGAAUCUUGACUUCAUUUCUAAAGCAGAAAAUGUCUUUAAGAGUAAGACUGAUGACAUUAAGGACUUCAUUAAAUGCCUCCAAAAAGUUAAGUUCAAUCAAUCUAAAUAAGAGGCUAUGCCCUUAAAAGAAAUAGUUGAUUUGGUUCAGCUGGUGUUUACUAAAAAGUAGCAGCAAAUGGCAGAGAUUAAGUUCGGAGAAGGAAUGGAGGUAUCAUUCGAAGAAUUCCUUCAUUAGGUAAUGGUGUAAAGAUUUGGAUUUAAAAAGAAGAUCAAGCAGAAGACUGAGUAAUUCUUGCUUGGAAUCAACAAAUAUGCUAAGAAUGAUGAGAGAUUCGAUUUGAUUGCUAAGAUUUUAGUUCUAGAUGAUUCAGAGGUUAAGUACCCAAAAGAAAUUCUCAAUACCUUCAUCAAAAUUUUGAAUUCUACUGAUGAAAACUUUAAAAGCCUCCUCUCUGAUGAUGCUGAUUCUAUAAUGAUAGAAACAAAGAAAGCUAUUAAGGCAACUUAGGAUAUUUUCCAAAAUGCAAACUAACUUCUCAAAACAAGUCUGAGAAAAGAAAUACUAUUUGAAUCUGAAAUAAUCAUCGAUGGUUCUACUAAAAUGGAUGCAAAUCUUUAGCAAAAGGUAAAAAAUUCUAUAAAGUUAAAACCUGAUUAGAUUGAAGUGUAUGUGCUGCUUUAAUUCUGGUAAAAGAUAACUCAUCAGUUCGCUGAGUCUUUGAUCUAGGUACUUUAAGAAAAAGCUGAAAGUCUUGAAAAUGGACUGCUUGAUGUUACAGUUCUUAAGGAUUUGUUCUGGAGUAUGACUGAUCCAAAUGAUAGGAACCUGAUGUUUGGAUAUGAAAAUAGAGUACCAUCAUUUGAAGAGGAACUUCAAGAUUUUAGAAAGUAUUUGACCAAAUAUUUCUCCAAAGAACUUCAGAAAGUUUUUGAGAAAGAAUAUCUACCAACUAAAAGACUGAAGCAAUUUCUCAGACACAAAUAUGAGAUUAAGGUGUGUGUGAGAAAUUUCUUGAAAAAAGGCUUAAACUUCUCACUACAAAUGCUUGACUAUUGCAGGUUCUUUUUAAAGAGAAUAUAUCACACAUUUGAUAUCAAUCAAAAUGGAAAUAUGGACUUAGCAAUUACAAAUUCUAUUGAUUAUGAGAGAAAGGAAAUCAACUUUGAGUAAUUUGUCAACUGUGCAAUGAGUCAUCCCUUAAUGAGAGGUAUCUUGGAGGCAACUGAUAUCGAUGCAGAGAUACAGAAAAAGAGACUAGGGCAUCUUAAGAAAUGA